AUGGAGCCAAAAGUGAAUCUAUUGCAAGACCCGGCUUAUAAGAAGCUACAAGAAUAUUACAACACAAACGCCGAUAAAAUUAAUAUUCUACAACUAUUCCAACAAGAUGUUGAACGUUUUAACAAAUACAGCCUGUGCAUUCCUACGCCUAAUGAUGGUGAGAUACUCCUUGACUACUCCAAGAACCGUGUUGACGACAAUGCUUUCUCGCUCCUUUUAAACCUAGCAAAGAGUCGCAAUGUUGAAAAAGCCAGGGACGCUAUGUUUUCAGGUGAAAAGAUAAACUUUACCGAAGAUAGAGCUGUACUCCACAUUGCUCUACGGAAUAGACAAAACAGACCAAUACUUGUCAAUGGAAAAGAUGUUACACCUGAUGUGAAUGCAGUACUGGCUCACAUGAAGGAAUUUUCACAACAAGUCAUUAGUGGAUCUUGGAAAGGAUACACAGGAAAACCAAUAACUGACGUCAUCAAUAUUGGUAUUGGUGGAUCUGAUCUGGGUCCCCUUAUGGUAACAGAAGCCCUGAAACCCUACGCCACUCAUCUGAAGGUUCACUUCGUAUCUAAUAUCGACGGAACUCACCUCGCGGAAGUACUAAAACGCUUGAACCCUGAAACAGCCCUCUUCAUCAUCGCAUCCAAGACCUUCACGACUCAGGAGACCAUCACCAACGCGACUUCAGCUAAAACCUGGUUUCUGGAUGUGGCUAAAGACCCAUCAGCUGUCUCCAAACACUUUGUUGCGUUAUCAACGAAUGCUGAGAAGGUGACGGCGUUCGGUAUCGACCCCAAAAACAUGUUCGGCUUUUGGGAUUGGGUUGGUGGAAGAUAUUCUCUGUGGUCUGCCAUCGGUCUGUCCAUAUCUUUGUACAUCGGUUUCGACAACUUCGAAAAACUCUUGGAUGGCGCGAGUUUUAUGGACAAUCACUUCUGCAGCGCACCGUUGGAGAAAAACGCGCCGGUAAUCCUAGCUCUACUCGGCGUAUGGUACAGCAACUUGUUUGGGGCAGAAACUCAUGCGUUGUUGCCCUAUGACCAGUAUUUACACAGAUUCGCGGCGUACUUCCAGCAAGGAGAUAUGGAGAGCAACGGCAAGUAUGUGACUCGUUCGGGGGCUGAAGUACAGUACAGCACUGGGCCUAUCGUCUGGGGCGAACCUGGUACUAAUGGCCAGCAUGCCUUCUACCAGCUCAUCCAUCAAGGAACCAGGUUGAUUCCGUGCGACUUCAUUGCUCCUGCGCAGACGCAUAAUCCAAUCGCAGGCGGUGUGCACCACAAGAUCUUGCUCGCCAACUUCCUGGCUCAAACUGAGGCGUUGAUGAAGGGCAAGACUGCGGGAGAGGCGGAAGCGGAACUUAAGAAGUCUGGUAUGGCGCCAGAGGCGAUUUCAAAGAUUCUCCCUCACAAAGUGUUCAAGGGCAACCGUCCCACUAACUCUAUAGUCGUCAAAAAGGUCACACCAUUCACCCUUGGUGCUCUUAUUGCUAUGUACGAGCACAAAAUCUUCAUCCAAGGAGUGAUCUGGGACAUAAACUCCUUCGACCAAUGGGGAGUGGAGUUAGGCAAGCAACUGGCGAAAGCCAUCGAACCAGAACUCCAAGACAACAGCAAAGUCACAUCACACGAUGCGUCCACUAACGGACUUAUUAACUUCUUAAAGGCAAACUUCUAA